AUGGGUUUCCAUAGUGUGACCGUUAUUUCUCCUACAGCGGUAACGGUGGAAAACCCACCCCCAAACCCAUCAACCGAUGGGGAUCCCACUGUCGUCUCUGAGAAGACAAAAGAACCCACUGUUGAGGCGCAAGCACCCCAAGAGGUCCCUGUAGUCCCCGUCAGUCAAACGGGUCAACCAAUCAUUGGGGUCCCAGUAGCUGAAGGGAUCCCCACUGCCACUGCUGUCACCACAGAAGCGGCAAAUCCACACCCAUCUGUUGAGCCACCUACCCCAUUGAUGGCGCCAGUAACCACUGACACCAAGGGGAAAGGUAGGGAGAUCGACCCAGGACAACUGGCUGGAUCAUCGACUGCAGGGGAGAGUGGAAUUUUUCCACCCCAUUUCAGGCCAGGCUUCAUGCCCACGCCAUUCAUUCUGUCGUCGCAACCCAUGCACAGUGGGGUGAAAAUACCAUGUGUUGACAUUACUCAAAUGUGUAAUCUCCCUCCUGACUACAGGAGGAAGAAAAUAGUGCCAAUGAAGCCCACUGUGGAGAUGAUACAGGAGGAGGACAAUGACAUGGAAAUUGUCAAUGAUGCAUACGAUUAUCACACAUGGAAAAAGCACCCGAUCCACAUCCAGGAUCGUGUAGAUGACCGGCCAGCCAAGGUCAGACCAAUCUUCGCUGAGCCUUGUAGGAAUAUACAAGUUACAACACUAAAACAACCAGAAACCAUCACAGAAAAUUAG